ACAAGAUGAGGAUCUAUUGUUGUACCUCACAUAGAUCACCAGGGGAUGUGUGUGUAGCCAUAGUGUAGGAGACACCGCAUGUGUAGAAGACGUCAACCUGUCGCAAUGAUGGCAACUCUGUUUGUAUUAAUAUGUCUAGCCAUCACCGCUGUCACAGUGGUGUCCUGUUCAACUUUCAAUGUGGCCCUCUAUAAACCAGCCAGUCAGAGUUCUCUGUUCAACAAUGCGUCGACAGCAGAUAAGGCCGUAGACGGUAACUAUGACCCCCUCUUCGGCAACUCAUGCGCAUCUACACUGCACUUUGAUCGGAUGCCAUGGUGGAGGGUAGACCUUGGCCGAAGCUAUCAUGUGACCUCUGUUGGAAUCACGAACAGAAAUUAUGUUGGUGACCGUCUACAUGACCUCACUGUUACAGUGAUGGAGGAGACGAGUGCCACACCCACUGUUUGCGGAGAGUACCCUGGAGCUGUUCCCGAUGGCGCCAAUAUUACCGUGACUUGUUAUAAUCUCACUUGGGGACGUUACGUUACAGUGAGCAAGCCAUCGACGCAUGAGAAUGACAUUCUCACCUUGUGUGAAGUGGAAGUCAUGGCAGUUGACAGAUCACGAAUGACCUUGCAACGUCUAGUUGGAAAGCAGAGCAGCCAGGGAAGCAGCAUUGUGUCCAUGGAAACCACACUACCUGACUGUGCACAUGUCUGCAAGCAUUCGGAUGGAUGUGUUGGUGUGAACUACAGACCACAGUCUUCCCAGUGUCAACUACUUACGUCCACCGUUCACACUGAUGCCCCUGUCAACCACAGUUGGAGGCUGUACGUCAUUAUGCUGUGAUCUGUAACUGUAGACUCUCACUGAUAUCAGCAGCAACCACAGAUGACGACUGUGUGUCACGUUACCCCGAUCUGUAACUGUAGACUCGCACUGAUGUCACCAGCAACCACAGAUGAAGACUGUGUGUCACGUUACUCCGAUCUGUAACUGUAAACUCUCAUUGAUGUCACCAGCAACCACAGAUGACGACUGUGUGUCACUUUACCCCGAUCUGUAACUGUAAACUCUCAUUGAUGUCACCAGCAACCACAGAUGACGACUGUGUGUCACGUUACUCCGAUCUGUAACUGUAGACACGCACUGAUGUCACCAGCAACCACAGAUGAAGACUGUGUGUCACGUUACUUCGAUCUGUAACUGUAAACUCUCAUUGAUGUCACCAGCAACCACAGAUGAAGACUGUGUGUCACGUUACUCCGAUCUGUAACUGUAAACUCUCAUUGAUGUCACCAGCAACCACAGAUGAAGACUGUGUAUCACUUUACCCCGAUCUGUAACUGUAGACUCUCAUUGAUGUCACCAGCCCCCACAGAUGACGACUGUGUGUCACUUUAACCCGAUCUGUAACUGUAGACUCUCACUGAUGUCACCAGCAACCACAGAUGAAGACUGUGUGUCACUUUAACCCGAUCUGUAACUGUAGACUUGCACUGAUGUCACCAGCAACCACAGAUGAAGACUGUGUGUCACUUUACUCCGAUCUGUAACUGUAAACUCUCAUUGAUGUCACCAGCAACCACAGAUGAAGACUGUGUGUCACUUUACCCCGAUCUGUAACUGUAAUCUCUCAUUGAUGUCACCAGCAACCACAGAUGAAGACUGUGUAUCACUUUACCCCGAUCUGUAACUGUAGACUCUCACUGAUGUCACCAGCAACCACAGAUGAAGACUGUGUGUCACUUUAACCCGAUCUGUAACUGUAGACUUGCACUGAUGUCACCAGCAACCACAGAUGAAGACUGUGUGUCACGUUACUCCGAUCUGUAACUGUAAACUCUCAUUGAUGUCACCAGCAACCACAGAUGAAGACUGUGUGUCACGUUACUCCGAUCUGUAACUGUAAACUCUCAUUGAUGUCACCAGGUACCACAGAUGACGACUGUGUGUCACUUUACCCCGACCUGUUACUUACAGUAACUGUAGACUCUCACUGAUGUCACCAGCAACCACAGAUGAAGACUGCAUGUUUCUUUAUCAGUUGAAGAUUAAUGCUUUUGCCAUAAUCCUAAUAUCAUUAUAACCAUAUCGCUACAGCUCAUAUGUCAAUAAUAAGUCUUGUUUUUAUAUAUAUGUCUCUACAUAUAACUUACUCAGUGGUAAUCACUUCACUCUGACACCAAUAAAAAAUACGUUAUAUUUCGUUUUACAUAAACAUUAUUUAUACAACACAAAGCAUCAUUGAUGUAAAGAUUGUGUUUGCAUGCAUGCAUGCAUAUUAUGCAUAUUAACGCGUUUCUUUCUGAUACAUUGACUGUUGAUAUGAAGACCGAUAGACUGAUCUUUUGUGUGUGUGUGUGUGUGUGUGUGUGUGUGUGUGUGUGUGUGUGUGUGUGUGUGU